CCCCACUCGCACGCUGGGAACAUGCUGCUUCUGCUGCUGCUGCUGCGGGAAAGUAAGAUGAGCUUUAAUAUCGAAAUAAGGAAGACCCGGGUCGCAAAUGGGGGGUUGCGGGUGGGUGACAUGCGCGAAAUCGACGCGUCCCAUCGCCUUCGCCGAUUCCCCAGUAGCAGACAUCUCCAUCACAUCACAUCGUAUGCAAAGGCUUGUUAUCCUCCUCCUCCACCUCGAUCCACACGUUCUGGUUCGUCCGUCUACGGUCCAUUCGUUUCCUACACCACGACCACACACACAAUUCGCACAUACAGACCGCAGCAGCACAUCCCCCACAUCCCAGCCUCCGGGGUGUUUACCUUUCUGCCCGGCUAUAUUUGGUUUCGCGGUGCGGUGCGGUGUGGACACUGGACACUGGACAACGCAUCAUUACGACAGACAGACAGACAGACCGGCGAGGAAAGCGAGAAACGGAGCUGGAACCGCACGAGUAGUCGUGGUGGUGGUGGCUGUGGUGGUGGUCUACAUAUAUAUCGAGAAGGGGUACCAUUUACCGGUAUAACUAUCUAGUAGCAGGGGGAGGGACGGAGAACGGGGUCAAUUGAAUGACCACUCGUGCGGACCAUUGAUGAGGAUCGAGAGAGACUGCAAUUGCUAUUGGAACCGCCAUCCGAGUCUGGUGUGUUUGGAGUGUUUGGCAUUCUUCCCGUCGAAUCCCCCGAAUCCCCAGCCUCCCCGAUUGCGCAGGUAGGUACCACAUCUACUA